GGGUGGGGCCCGGCACGGUGCUGCUCCAGAUCCUCGAGGAGGUCUGCAGGAAGCAGGGCGGCAGCCCCGGCGAGUACGGCCUGAAGUUUCAGAGGAGUGUGUUGGAUCUCUCUUUACAGUGGAGAUUUGCCAGACUGCCCAACAAUGCCAAGCUGGAGAUGGUGCCAGUCUCUAACAGAGUGGGAAUUGGAAGCACGGUUCGGAUUGCAUUACAAUUAGAUGAUGGCUCCCGUUUACAAGACACCUUUCUGUGUCAACAGACUUUGUGGGAACUUCUCAACCAUUUUGCAGAGAUCAGGGAGUUUAUGGAACAGCAUGGCGAAUUCUCUCCAGUCUGUGUUUACAUGCGAGAUGAGAUAUCAGGAAAAGAUGCCCUAGAGAAGACAACACUGAAGUCACUUGGCCUGACUGGAGGCAGUGCCAUCAUCAGAGUUGUCAUGAAGAAAUGCAGUUCAUCUGGUCGGGAGGAAGCUGUGGGUGCCACGGUGCGGUGUAAUGAGCUGACAGUGAGGCCAGGCUCUAUUGAAGGAGCAGUGGAUGUGCCCCUACCUCAAGCAAACACAUUCCCAAAGGACUUGGACCACAGGGAUGUGGCCAUGUCUUUAAACAGCUGCACAGACAAGCAGGAGUCGACUAGAGAGUCUCGUGCCAGCUUGGAGGAGCUGUGGCCUUCCUCAGAGCCCGACUCUACCCCAUUUGUCCCUUUUUUUGGAGAUGGACAGCGUCUGGGGGACUCUUCUGUAGCUGCACCCUCUCUUGGGUUAGAUAUGCCAUCUUCAAAGCUGCCAACAACUUUUUCCAGCCCUGCAGGCCCUUCUAAGCCAAAGAAGUCUAAGAACAGCCAAGAACUGCAAAAGAAACAAGAACAGCUUGUAGAACGAGAGCCACUUGUAUGUCACCUAGACCUACUAGAACCACUUCCUACUGGCCCAGAAGAGCUUCCUGAUGAGUUUUUUGAAGUCACGGUGGAUGAUGUACGGAAACGUUUGGCACAGCUGCAGAGUGAGAGGAAACGCCUGGAAGAAGCUCCACUGAUGACAAAAUCUUUGAGGGAGGUUCAGCUGAAGGAAAAGUUAGAGCGUUACCCAAAGGUGGUGUUGAGAGUCCAUUUUCCGGACCGUCAUGUUCUACAGGGGUUCUUCCAUCCUAGUGAAACUGUUGGCACUUUGAGAGACUUUGUAAGAAGCCACCUUGCAGAUGCAGACUUGCCAUUUUACUUGUUUAUUGCACCUCCCAGAAUCAUCUUGAACGAUGAAAGUUUGACACUCUUUGAGGCUAAACUCUUUCCAACUGCUGUCAUUCAUUUUGGAUCUGAGGAGUGCAGGGAUUGUUACCUGAAAUCGGACCUGCUAAGCUCUGCGGUUUCCCCUUCUGCAGCUGAUUUAUUAGUAGCCAGAUGCUUGUCCAAAUCAUUAGUUCCUUCUGCUUCGCCAUCUUUAGAAUCGACAGUUCCAUCGCUAUCUGAACCAGAAGUGGGAAGUGACAAAAAGACUGAUGAGCGGCCAGAACCGGCAAGCGUGCACGAAGCUCCGCAGGUGUUGAGAAGGGCCCCUGGGAAAAUACCCAAAUGGCUGAAGCUGCCAGGUGGGAAGAGAUGAAACAUUCUGGGCUGCUGGAUCAGUGAGCAGUCAGCUGUGCCCCUUUCCUGAUGAACUUAUUCAGAAUGUGUAAGAAAUUGUUGGUGGCCCUGGAGAGAUCUAAUCUGUAUGAACAUUAGUUAUAAAUAGAAAAUUGCUAUUUCAGAUUUCACCUUUUGGAGGAGUGGAAGGCCUGUUUGUGGUCUUCGUGACUACAGAAGCAAGGUUAGAAGUUAAAUUUAAGGUUUCUUGCAUGCAAAUAAUAUGAAUAGAGAAUUAAGGGGGAAAUAAUUCUUAUAUACUUUCUGUGAAGGACUUUGUUUCUAUCCAUAUGUUUAAAUUCAAAUCUUCCCAGUUCUACCUUCAGAGAUAACUUGAGUCUAGCUGCCUGAAUUCUAGCAGCAACAUACAAUCCAAUUCAGUUCUACCUAUAGUUAAGUACUGCCUAGAACAAGGCAUCUCUCUGCUUCUUGCUGGCUGGGGUUAGUGCUGCUGAUAGUUCUGGGCAUAGACGGCUGGAAAGUGAGUAAAGAGGAAGCACUUAAACAGUUCAAAUAGGCUUUUCCUGUGAACCUCUUGGGCUGCUGCACUUGUAUUGUUUUCAGUUGCCAGAAUCUUGUUAACAAAGAACACAGGUAUCUGUUAAUGGAAUGCACGUGGAGUUUGUUUCUGCCCCAAGCUCUGUGUUUUAUUUUCACUACAUAUAAUUAACACCAGUAAUUACAGUUACAGUGAGAAAAAAACAUCCAGUAAAAGGGUCUCUUCACAUGACCUUCGAUCUAUGGACUUCUAUGGUCUGAAUGUUUCCCCAGCAGAGCAGCUGUUCUCUGCAGUGCAGUUAGUGUACAGAGGGAAGCACUAGUCCAGAUCUUUGCCUCCUGCAGAUGUGGUACGGGCAUGAAUAUUGUUGGUUAGAAUUGCGCUUAUACUGGAGAUGAACUCUAUAGUGCCACAGUAGCCAUGGUGCUGUAUUUUAUUUGAAGUCUUCUCCGUGGAUCAGUGAUUCAUAUUGGACAGCUGGGGUUCCAUGUUACGGUAAUAAUAUGUUUUCCAUUUUCCCUGUAUAGACAAUUGUUCCCUGAACUACGUGUGCAUCUGCACAAUUUGUAGAUGUAAUAAAGCAGAGCGGCCAUA